UCUCGGUCUGCGUGGCUUUAGUCAGGGAUUUGGCGGAAGACCUCAUCAUGAUAGAGCCAGGCUCUUUUCGGUAGUGCUAAGCAAUAGGACAAGAGGCAACGAGCAGAAACUGAUGCAUGGGAUGUUCCACCUGAGCACGAGGAGGAACUUCUUUACUGUGCAGGUAAUUCUAGAAGCUAUGGAUAUACUCUUCAGAAUAAGAGGAGGCUUGGAUCUUGCAUUUCAGCUAGCAACUACUGAUGAGGCAUCAACAAAAAAGGCAUUAGGAUAUGUUUUCAGUGAUCUUGCAAACAAAUUGUCCUCAGAGGUUCUUGUAUUAAGAAUUUGCCACAGUUCAGUGUAUGUGUGGCCUAACAAUGGUAUGACCACAGUUCCAGAUCUGACUGAUGAGUCUGCAUGUAAGGAGAUAACACGAUUUAUCCAAUUUGAUCAAGAUGACGAGACCAAACGAAAGCCUGGCAAAAAGAAGGAUAAGAAGUUACAAGAUAUGCAGAUAGUCAAUGUAGACCUCAUGUUGGAAAUGACAUCUUCUUUAGCUGCUUUGGCUCCAAUCAUUGAAAGGGAAAAUAAGGAACACCACUACAUAAAUAUGACAUUACCAGUUGAUGUUGUUGUAUCUGUUUCUCCAGAAGAAACGUGGGGAAAGGUACAAAAUCUCCUGGUGAAAGCAAUUCAUGGGCAAUUAGAUGACAUGGAAAGAUGUAUCAUGAAAUACGUGAAAGGAACAUCAAUUGUGGUACCAGAACAAUUUCAUUUCAUGUUACCAGGAAAAAAUCAUCUUGUAACAAUCUCAUACCCUACAGGUAUUUCAGAUGAUCAACUGGAAAGUUACAGAAAGGAAUUGCAUGGGUUAUACAAUCUGCCUUGUGACAGACCAUAUUUCAAGAGAGCAAAUGCUUAUCAUUUUCCAGAUGAACCAUAUAAAGAUGGAUAUCUCAGAAAUCCACACUUACAUCUUAAUUCUCCUGGUAUGGAGCCUGGUAUGGUUUACUUAGUACAUGGUGUGUAUAGUUAUCACCACUAUAUGCAGGAUCGGACUGAUGACAGUGGUUGGGGCUGUGCCUAUAGGUCUUUGCAGACAAUCUGCUCUUGGUUCAAGCACCAAGGUUACAUUGAUAGACCUAUACCAACACACAAGGAAAUUCAACAGGUAUAGACCAUUUAAGGAGAUUCAUUAUUUUAUGCAUAUUUGUCUAGAAAUAUUUGCGUAGAUUAUUUUUUAAAGAUCCAAUCCAUAUAUUUUGAUUUGUGUGAUAUUUUUAAUUUAUCUCUUAAAUUGAACUAGUGGUUCUGAGUUACUGUUUUUAACAAGUUUUAUUAUAGGAGAUCUGUCUGCAAAUGUUUAUCACUGUUGAAUGACAUUAUCUGUACAAAUAAGACUCCUUAAAAUAGUCUUUUA